GGGCCGUUCCCUACCAGUCUCAUGACAUUCUUCCCCGCUGUCUUUAGUGCGCACUGACGGUAAUGGACGUUCGUGUGUUGAGACGACGAAUAUAAUGAGUGUAAUAGAGAACAACACGGAGCAAUGCGGAAAUAGUCUAACCCGAGAGCUCACACAGAAUCCUUUAAAGAAAAUAUGGGUGCCAUCCUCCAAAAACGGCCUUCCAGAGAGACACAUUAGUCAAAGAAAGGUAUGCAUGACCAACUGCCCCACACUUAUAGUAACCGUGGGUCUCCCGGCCAGAGGAAAGACCUACAUCUCCAAGAAACUGACACGCUACCUCAACUGGAUUGAUGUUCCGACGAAAGAGUUUAACGUUGGGCAGUACAGACGUGAAUGUGUGAAGAUAUACAAAUCCUUUGAGUUCUUCAGGCCAGAUAAUGAAGAGGGGCUUAAAAUAAGGAAGCAGUGUGCACUGGCAGCUCUCAAUGACGUUCGGCAGUUCCUCACAGAUGAAGGCGGCCAGGUGGCGGUUUUUGAUGCCACAAACACAACAAGAGAGAGGAGAGAGACAAUCAUCAGAUUUGCAGAGCAGAAUGGUUUCAAGGUUUUCUUUGUAGAAUCUGUGUGUGAAGACCCUGACGUUAUUGCAGAGAACAUUGUGCAAGUGAAGUUGGGCAGCCCAGACUACACGCACUGUAACACAGAAGAGGCUGUAGCAGACUUUAUGAAGAGGAUAAAAUGUUAUGAAAACUCCUAUCAGCCACUGGAUGAGGAACUGGACCGGGACCUUUCGUUCAUAAAGAUCAUCGAUGUGGGAAGGCGGUACCUAGUAAACCGGGUUCAGGACCACAUACAGAGCCGAAUAGUUUACUACCUCAUGAACAUCCACAUCACACCCCGCUCCAUCUACUUGUGCCGGCAUGGAGAGAGUGAUCUGAACGUCAAAGGUCGUAUCGGAGGAGAUUCAGGCCUUUCGGCAAGGGGAAAGCAGUUUGCUGACGCUUUGGGCCAGUUUAUCCAGUCGCAGAGUAUCAGUGAUUUGAAGGUGUGGACGAGUCAGAUGAAGAGGACCAUACAGACGGCAGAAGCUGUGGAUGUACCAUAUGAACAGUGGAAAGCUCUCAAUGAGAUAGAUGCCGGUGUUUGCGAGGAGCUCAUGUAUGAGGAGAUCCAGCUAAAGUUUCCUCUGGAGUUUGCAUUACGGGACCAGGACAAAUAUCGUUAUCGCUAUCCCAAAGGAGAGUCCUAUGAAGACUUGGUCCAGCGUCUGGAACCCGUGAUCAUGGAGUUAGAGCGGCAGGAAAACGUUCUGGUCAUCUGUCAUCAAGCCGUCAUGAGAUGCCUGCUGGCCUACUUUCUGGACAAGACUGCAGAGGAACUUCCAUAUCUGAAAUGCCCUCUACACACAGUAUUGAAGUUAACACCAGUGGCCUAUGGCUGUAAGGUGGAGUCAGUCUGUUUGAAAGUCGAGGCUGUUAAUACACACAGAGACAGACCUACGAACGUAGAUGUGUCACGGCAGGCGGAAGAGGCUUUGUUAACAGUGCCAGAUCAUCAAUGACAGAUCCUUGUUCCUCACACACCAUUGUCCCAUCCCCAUUCCCAUUGUUUUUUUAAGGAUUGUAGACAUUCUAAAAUGCAUCUACUGCAUUGCCUAAAAAACAUAGGCAGAUUUUACAGCUCAAUAAAUGCCUUUUGAAUUACAACUCGGAAGCGAUGAACUCUGAGAUAAUUAUGUACAGAAUUAACUUGUUAUUCAGUUUGUGUUCCUCUGUUCAUUGAUGUGUUAAUACUAAGCUGCACUUUAUCACAAAUACACACUGAAGUUUUUCAGUUCCUGCUGCACAUGAAUGUAACCGCUGCUAUGAGGGAACACCAGUCACUCCAGUAGCAUGUGCAUUUUAUUUAUUGUGCAGGUAAAUGAAUGCAUUUGUAAAUUAGGUUGGGUUUUAGCUGGUUAAUUUUACAUUAUUGUCUUGUUAGUAAUUAUUCGUCUCUUCAUAAUUUAGGAAUGUGUAUUGUGUAUAUAAGAAUGGUGAAGUUUUGUAGCUGGCAGAGCCUUAUUGUGCUCUUGGAAGAAAGACAUUUUAGAUUUUACGUACUAAUUCAUAGUCAUUUUUUCAAUUAUUUGAAACACUAAGGAAUGUCAUGAUGUGAAACUGUCCUCUUCUGGUUACUGAGGAGGAAAAAUCUCUACUGUAAUGUCUAUUUGCGAUGCUAAUAAAAUGUAUUUGAAUAGUGAAA